AUGUUCGCACGCACUUUGGCUCGCCAGCUUCGGACCACCAGCGUGACCGGCAGCAGUUAUACCACCUUGCUAAGGUAUACCAUGGCCUCGUCGGUGGAGAAGACGCCGGCCAAGGGAAGCCAUGGUGCGAAGCGAGUUGCCACAACACCGCUAAGGAGUGAGGAGGGAUCACGGGGCAGCUACAGGUUCAAGAACAAGAGGAUGAGAAAUGGCCAUGCGGAGACGAGCAAAAUUUUGACAACAAACGGUACCAACGAGGAGAUUUUGCUCAAGGAUGUCACCGCACUGAUCAAGAACAUCAAUUUGGAACGAGAAGGAGAUGGCGAAAAGGAAACCUCUAAAGGACUUCCGGAGAGACUGUCUGAGAUCGAGGUGGCCAUUAAAGAGCUCUCAUCCACCGGCGACGGACUGGGCUUCCAGCAUGGCAUCGACUCGGAUCACGUCUACGUUGUCCCAUUCGCCGUACCGGGAGACACCGUAACCGCCAAGGUCUUCAAGCACUUCGACAAGGAGGGAUACUCCAUGGCCGACUUUGUCAAAGUCUCCACGCCUUCGCCAGAUCGCGAUGCCAGUCUUGUCAAGUGUCCCUACUUCUCCAGCUGUUCAGGCUGCCAAUUUCAAAUGCUACCCUACGACUACCAACUCCAGCACAAAAAGUCAAUUGUUGAGAAGGCCUACAAAAACUUUUCCAAUCUACCCCCAGAGCUCAUCCCAGCCAUAGGCGACACCAUUGGCUCCCCACUACAGUACGGCUACCGCACAAAACUCACCCCCCAUUUCGACGGCCCCCCAGACGCUAGGAGAAGCGAUGGCCGCAACGGCAUCAAGCGCACCUUCAAAGAAGUGCCCCCGAUUGGCUUCAUGAAGAAAGGCACCCGGAUCACCCUCGACAUUGAAGACUGUCCGAUUGGGACUGACGCCAUCCGUGCUGGCAACAAGCGCGAACGAAGACGGGUAGCGGAAACCCUCUCCACCUACCAACGCGGUGCAACUAUUCUCCUCAGAGAAAGCACCACCCGCAUCGCAAAAUCUGAAUACGAUAGCACCACUGAAAAAGAUCCUGACGUCGUCAUCGAAGACCGCGGAAACAAUAUUCUCCACCGAAAAGUUUGUGUUACAGAGCCCAACGCCAAAACGACAGAGUACGUCGACGACUUCCAAUUUGUCAACCCGGCCAGCUCCUUCUUUCAAAACAACAAUUCCAUUCUCCCCAUCUUUACCCAAUAUAUUCGCGAGCACAUACUCCCCUCUACCCCCAACCACAAAAUCACUCACCUCAUCGACGCAUACUCUGGUUCAGGCCUCUUCACCAUAACCCUAUCUUCUUUGUUCAAAUCUUCCUUGGGAAUCGACAUAUCCACCUCUUCCAUCGACUGCGCCACCACAAAUGCAGAACUCAAUAGCCUGCCCCCUUCGUCAACACGUUUCAUCGCCGCAGACGCCGCAGCGUUGUUUGCGAGCAUAAAGUCCCCGGCCGAGGAAACGGUUGUCAUGAUUGAUCCCCCGCGAAAGGGAUGCGAUGAGUCGUUUUUGAGGCAGUUGGUGGAGUACGGCCCGGCAAGGGUCGUGUAUGUGAGCUGUAAUGUGCAUACGCAAGCCAGGGAUGUCGGGGUCUUGGUGGGUGGCAUGGAUGGUGUGGAUGGUGGGUUUGGGAAGGGACAAGGGUGCUAUGAGAUGGAGAGUCUGAGGGGAUUUGACUUUUUCCCGCAGACGGGGCAUGUAGAGGGUGUGGCGGUUUUGAGGAGGAAGGAGAAAAUGCAGGUCAAGGCUGAGGAGGCAAAAGAGUAG